UUUAUUAUUCUAUAAACGUAUUUGCGGGUUCAACUAUUAUUAUGUUAUAUCAGAGAACAGUGAAAUUACAGUGUAAUUUCACUGUUCCCUGGUUAUACGUAUAGUCGUUGCUUAUUAAGCUACUAUACAGCGUCGUUUCAGCUUCAAUAAUAUUUCAAGGAAAAUGGCAUCAUUAAAAGGAAAAGUUGCUUUAAUAACUGGGGCAAGUUCUGGGAUAGGAGCAGCCGUAGCUCGACACUUUGCAUCGUUAGGCUGUUACUUGUCGCUAACUGGUAGGAAUGAAGAAAGGCUGAAUGGCGUUGGGAAAGACUGUCAGCAAUGGGGACUGCAGGCAGAUCAGAUUCUGCUGCAAACUGGUGAGAUGAGCAGUGACGCUGACCUAGAGAGGAUUGUGCUCGAGACCGUCGAACGGUUCGGCCGGCUUGACGUUCUGGUAAACAACGCUGGCAUCGCUAAACUCAGAAAUCUUGAAAGAAGUACAAUGGAAAUAUUUGAUAUCACCAUGGAUGUUAACGUGAGGGCGGUGUUCCACCUGACUAAAUUGGCCUCGCCACAUCUAAUAAAAACAAAGGGAACUAUUGUGAAUGUUUCAAGCGUCGUAAGCAAAGUGCCGAGCUGUAAUACUUUUUACAGUAUGUCAAGAUACAUGGUAGAUCAGCUAACAACAAACACCGCUGUUGAAUUAGCACCGUAUGGAGUUCGAGUGAAUUCUGUUUGUCCUGGUAUUAUCCACACUCCAGCUUUUGAGAGGAAAGGCAUGAAAUGGGAAAAGGUACGUGAGAUCAGCAAACGCAGACAUCCAUUAAGCCGACAUGGAGAGGACACCGAGGUUGCAUCCGCAAUCGCGUUUCUAGCUUCAGAUAACGCGGCAUCUAUAACAGGGCAUCACUUGCCAAUAGAUGGCGGGAGACACUGUAUGCCCGGCAGUCCAAUUGAUGCUACUUAGUAAUGAUGAUUGAUUGAUUCAUUCAUUCAUUGAACAAUUCAAUUGAUACCGACUGAUACAUUGGUUGAUUUAUUAUCGUAUUAUAUAAUAUAAUAUAGUAAUAUUUAUUGAAUUAUUAUUGUAUUAUAAGAAUGAUAAAACUGUCAUUAUUUAUUACAGUAUUAAUAUUAUUGUUAUUAAGUACUAUUAGUCAUGUUUUCUAAUGGAAUAUAUUAUUAUAGUAACUUUAAUAAUGAUAAUCAAUAAUGAACAUUCACUGUACAAAUUUGUGUAUACACCCGCAGUGGUAAACUCUCAGUAUUUUGUGUUGUAAGGCUAAGAAAUUAGCUGUCAAAAAUUAAACUUUUCGUGAAUGAAUAUUGAA